UUCAGCCCUAAAUCAACGGCUUAGUUCCCCCUUUUUUUACUCCAAGGGCACUACGAGUGGGACAUAUAUAUCGUGAAGUUGAUUGUCUUUCUCGGGAGAGUAGUCAGCGAUCCCUGUACAAAGCAUGUCAGUUUUUACGUUUGACCCCGAUCCGCCUCGGGUUUCAUCUCCAUGGCUGCGAACGCCAGAUCCCGGCAAGAAGCCGGCCCCCGAGCAGUCCCGCCCAUCCCUAAAGUCCGGGUUGUUAUCUGAGUACGGUGUCACCAAGCUGGAAGCCGAACCCCAACAUGGACCGACGGAGUAUAAGCUCCAUCUACUUCUCAGGCCAAGGAGAACCUACCAGUCUAUGAGCACGACGACACGAGUCCCUGGUUCUACGCAGUCUAGGCCAUCCCCGUCAGAACCUAAGUCGGCCAAGUUUGCUCUGCCUUCCUUGAGUCCUUCUAGCCAGACAAGACAAGCACGCCUUGAGCAUUUGACCACCCAACUGCUGUGGAGGCUUCAGCAGUCUUGUCCCUACCAUGCUGCUUCCACCGCUACCGAACUUGUCAUUCCUCAGCUGCCCGAUGAGAGCGUCGGACCGAACGGCGCUGUCAAGAUUGGCAAGCUGCUGCCUGGCUUGGAGGCAUCGAGGGGUGCCCUCUACGAGCUUGGUGUGGCCGACGAUGGAACUCUUGUUGGCCUUACUCAAGACGAGAUGGACGAAAGUCUUGCGACUCUCCAAACCAUGGCUGCCAGUCUUGGGUGCCGGGUUGGAGUCUUACGCAUGGUUAUUGUCGGGCACUGCGAAUGGGUUGACGUUCCUGACGAGUGUGAUCAGCGAGGUCCCAACUCUCCAGCCUCUGCCACAGAGGCCCAUCAUGGGAGGCUAUGGGUCGCUGAGGCCCUCGUGACACCCGAGCUGGUCUCCAGAGACCCCGCCUGUGAAUUUAAUUCCCCAGACCCUCGCCCCGGAUCAUGGCCAGCCGAAACACCGGUCCCUACCAAGGGGCCCUUGACAACACAGCAACUGCGGGUCACCUUGACCGGGCCGACAACAUCGGGGAAAUCAACGCUCCUUGGGACGUUAUCGACCGGGACCUUGGACAAUGGCUUUGGGAAGAGCAGGCUUAGUCUUCUGAAGCAUCGCCACGAAGUCGCAACAGGAGUCACAUCGUCGGUUGCACAAGAGCUCAUUGGGUACAAUCACAACAGCAUCUUCAACUAUACUCAUGGCGGAAUCGAGUCGUGGAUUGACAUUCACGACUUCACAAAGGAUGGCCGCCUGGUCUUUUUACUGGACUCUGCUGGCCACCCACGAUACCGCCGGACCAUUCUCCGCGGUAUCGUCAGUUGGGCCCCAGACUGGACUCUGCUGUGCAUAGCCGCAGAUGAUAUGGAGACCGGGAAUGAGAGCUCUACGUCUUCCGGAGAGGAUGUCUCGGGUGUUGGCAUUGCUGGCGCCGGAGUCGACUUGGCAAAGGCACAUCUUGAUCUCUGCCUAGAUCUCGAGCUGCCUCUAGCAAUCGUGAUAACCAAGCUCGACUUGGCGAAAAGAACCACUCUUCAACGCAUCCUGGGAAAGGUUCUAUCAAGCAUCAAAGCGGCGGGCCGUAGCCCCAAGAUAUUGCAGCCCGAUCAGUCCAACAACCACCACUUGACCGAGGUUCCGGGGAAGGACAUUGACUCGGUCGGAGCUGUCAUCGAUGCUAUAAACCAGGCGGGGAAUCUUCAGUCGAUCGUCCCGAUAGUCCUGACGAGUGCUGUGAAGGGAAGCGGUAUAGGCCUUGUACACGCUCUGCUUCAGAGCCUGCCGCUGCCCCCUGCACCAACGCCUCGUGAUUAUAUUGGCCCUGCUCUGAACCCCGAGCAACCCGCGUGCUUGUUUCAUAUUGACGACCUCUUCAGUCUCCCUGCAUUCUAUGCUUCAUUGAACCCACGCCCCGAUGAGCAAACAGAUCUGGGCAGCAUCGUUGCUGGUUAUCUGCGCUUCGGAAGUUUGUCAGUAGGCGAUAAGGUCGUCAUCGGCCCAUUCCCCUCAGACGAAGAUGAUGCACGAGGGUUGACACCCGAUGACCGGCGGCCGUCUCUCGGGAAUCUUGGCCUCUCUAUGUCCCACCCAUCGUCAGCUGAGCUUACUCGCAUUGCCAUGAAGAACGCCGUGUCCGCAUCUACAAUCAAGGGUGAAUGGCACUCGGCAAAUAUCGUCAGUAUUCACAACCUUCGCCUUCCAGUCCAAACUCUCGAGGCAGGGCAAGUCGGAUCAAUUGGGAUAGUCUUGGAUUGCCCCGAGGAAGAAUCAUCAUCAGACAGCUUCUUCGAAUCCCCUACCCCAGCCAUCCCAAAGCUGCGAAAGGGAAUGGUUCUUGCGAUCCCAAGCAAACACAUGAUCGAUACAGGACUCUCUCUCCAAGCGGCCAGCGGCCUAACAACGGCCUUUCCCUCCCUCGAUACUACUUCAUUUACAGUCGGAGGCCUGGUCAAUAUCUACGUUGCCAGCGUUCGUGCAGCGGCCCGUGUGAUAGCUGUCACGCAAAACAAGCCCUCGGCCGAUCCAAACGGCACCGGCACGGGAGAGCCUGACGAGAUCUUCAACUUCAACGAACAAGCAGAUAUCGACGAGGUGCAGCCUAAGGCGGCGGGUGGCGUCGAAGUCCAGUUGGAAUUGCUGACAAACAGGGAGUGGAUCGAGCUUGGCUCACGCAUCUUGAUACUCGAAGGCGGGCAGAAAGAUAAAUCGGGGCUCGAGGCUUUCGUGGGCAAGGUUGUGGAAAUUGUGGACUAGUGAGCCGUUGGACAUGCCAUUGACUGGCAUCUCAAAAGAAAGCAUCGAGGACCUAUCCUGUCGGGGGGUGGCUAGUAGCUCGCUGUCUAGCUGGCUGCCCAACCCAUCAUCUCGGGGUCGCAGACCGAUUCACGUGCCAAGAAGGAGGAAGUUGGAGCGCAGAAGGGCCUCGAUAUAUAAUGGUGCUAGCGACGGGGAUAACCGGGCCUCACAUACAAGUAAUAAGAGCUAAAGGGCUCCCCAGCGUUUUGUCGGAUCAGCGGCUAAGUUUUGUUAUUUUUGAAUAACUACAAGCAUAUUCAGAAUGCGCCACUCGUUCCUUGCAUCUUCUUGCAACUAGAUACUGUGUUCUAGUGUCGUGACGCUGCUAUCCUCGGGA